AUGAUUCAAUGUCCGUCCAAGAAUCGCUGCCGCUGUUCCAAUCGAGCACACCACACGUUGUUGCAUCAUGAGAAUGCAUAUCAAACCACUCAAACAACUCCAGUGGCAGGCCCCGCAUUCCAGCCUUCGGGGUCUACUCGACCUACAUGGCAGACUUCAUCUCAAGAAUCGACCGCAACCCACUCGCACAUGGGUACAUCGGAAGGUGGUCAGGUGAUUCUUGCAACGGCUAUGAUCCUGGCCAAGGACUUUACGGGUACGUAUAAGUUGGGCCGAGCCCUCCUAGAUUCAGGCUCUCAACUCAAUUUCAUCACUGAUGAUUUCGCGCAAAAACUACGCCUUCGUCGUGAGAAACAUAAUGUGGGCGUUCGAAGCAUUGGAGACUCGCUAACCAGUCUUAAGGCGCGUACGACCACGACCAUCAAAUCGCGCACUUCAGCCUUUCAACUGUCACUUCAAUUUGGAAUCACCUCGCACAUAGCAUACCAGCCAGUUGCCGAGAUCGACAAGUCCGGGUGGAGCUUGCCAGCCAAUACCAAAUUAGCAGACGAGAUGUUUUUUAAGUCCCGGCGCAUAGAUCUGUUGUUAGGAACAGAGUCCUUCUUUAAUGCUCUUGCUGUUGGCCAAAUUCGACUGGGUCCCAAUUUACCGACGCUUCAGAAGACGUUGUUUGGUUGGGUCGUCUCUGUUAGGUUUCGAGGUGAUUGUAACGUGACGUCAUCAUCUUGUCUGCUGUCAUAUAAAACCUCAAUCGACGAGAAUUUGCAACGCCUAUGGCAACUGGAAGCCAUCGACACGUCACCAAAACCAACUCAGCCAGACCAUCGAAUUUGUGAAGAGCAUUUCACAAAAGCAACUCAUCAAGACCACACUGGUCGAAUUACUGUAAGUCUGCCAUUUAAAGACAACCCAAUUUGUCUCGGAGAUUCCUUCGAUAUCGCUCGUCGGCGAUUCCUUGCGCUUGAGAGACGUCUUCUACGUUCGCUCAAAAUCCGUCCGCAGUACAUUGCGUUCAUGGAAGAGUACAAAAGUCUUGGCCACAUGUCAGUAGUAGCACACCCCAACUUGAAAGAGCCACACUACUAUAUGCCACAUCACUGCGUGCUUAAACCUAGCAGCACGUCAACCAAAUUGCGAGUAGUGUUUGAUGCCUCGUGCCGCACCUCAACACAAACAUCAUUGAACGAUCAUUUGUUAGUGGGGCUCACAGUUCAACAAGAUUUAUACAUGCUUCUAUUACGUUUUCGUCUGUAUCGUUUCGCCUUCACCGCAGAUAUCACUAAAAUGUACAGGCAAGUACUCGUAGAAAAUAAUUGUCGAAAUUUCAAUACAUACUUUGGCGAGCUUCCCCAGAUUCAGAUCUCCGCACGUACCAGCUUAACACUGUAA